AUGAACACGCUAACCGUCGUCGUCCUGGCCUUGUGCGCCCUCGCCGUCCGAUCUCAAGUGGUGCUGCCCGCGGAGGUGCCGACGCCCUACUCCUUCGGCUACGACUCCAACGACCUCGACGGUCACCACGGCCACGAGGAGACCGGAGACGGCAGCGGACGCGUGUCUGGCCGCUACUCCCUGUCCCUUGCCGACGGUCGCACCAGGACCGUCACGUACGUCGCCGACGAGUUCGGCUACCGUGCCGACGUUGUGACCAACGAGCCCGGCACCGAGUCCAGGAGCCCCGCCGACACGACGUUCACGUCCAGCGCCCUGCCAGGACCUGACGCCGCCGUCGCCGCCGAGGGACAAGUCGUGGCCGCGCCUCUUCGCCGUGCCUAA